AUGGCUCUUCAUCUCUCCCUCCUCCUCCUCCUCCUCUUCCUCAUCCUCACCCUCAUCCUCUUUGUACUCUCAGCAGCGAGGCAUGUGUCUGUGCAGACAGGAGGCUCCAUCACCAUCCCAUGUCAAUAUGAUCCGAAUCACAUCAACCAUGUGAAAUACUGGUGUAAAGGAUUACUUUGGGACGGAUGUUCUUAUGUGGUACGCACUGACCAUCCUAAGAUCAGUGGUAAGGCCUCAAUCUCUGAUGACAUCAACAAGAGAAUCUUCACUAUGACCAUGACUAACCUGAAGUCACGGGACUCUGAGAAUUACAGGUGUGUUGUGGAGAUCAAUGGAGGACCAGAUAUCAGGAUACAUUGGUUCUACCUAUCUGUCACUUUAGGUACUCCAGGACUCUAUGUGGACCAACAGGAAGUGACUGGAGUAGAAGGAGGGAGUGUCACUGUCCGUUGUUACUAUAGUAACUCUGGAGAUAUGAAGUGGUGCAGGAUGGGUGGUGAUUGUGUGAGUUUGUAUUAUUGGACUUUACAUGGAACAUCAGUGACAUUAAAGCGGACUAGUGAUGCCAACAACAGAAAAGUCUUAACAGUGACUAUGGGUGGACUGAAGAUGGAGAACACUGACUUGUAUUGGUGUAGAGUGGGAGAACUAGAGUUGCCUGUUCACAUCACUGUCAGUCAACAAACUGCAACACAGAGAACCACUACAAUGACGUCAACAACCCAAGCUCCAACCAAUCAACAACCCUCUGCCUCUCCAACUGCUGAGCCUGUUCAGAUUGACAACACAAGUCAAGGAGCUGAUGGGAACAUGGAGGACGUCCACCAGAGGUCCAUAGAUGUGAAAGUCCUUUUGAUUCCUUGGGGCAUGUUGGUGGUGGUGACAGCUGGUAUCCUAGUCACAUGGAAGAUGUGGACAAAGCAUAAGGACAAUAAGGCCAAGGACCAGACAACUAACAAAUCAGUGUCUGCUGACCCUGAGCAGGACAUUUCAUACAGCACAGUGAGCCACACCAGAGAAACACCACAGCAGCACCAUCUUCAGAGGAAGCUGCACACAUGGAGAUGUUUCCCCACGUUGUCCAGGAACUUGGACGGUCGCCCGUUGGCCGAUGAGAUUCCACCCACGGCGCUGAGUUUUGGCCAGGUUGAAGCCCGCUUCAUCAACAAAGAUAUCAUUCUGAUGGUUAACAGAAUCAUCACCAUCACCCUCUAA